AUGUCGUCCUUCAGUCCAACCCAGAUCUUCGAGGAAGGCACAACACAGGAAAAGGGCGAAAAUGCCCGGCUGACCGCGUUCGUCGGUGCCAUCGCCGUUGGGGAUUUGGUCAAGAGCACUCUGGGACCGAAGGGAAUGGAUAAGAUUCUGCAAUCUGCGUCAACCGGCGAGAUAAUGGUAACCAACGAUGGUGCAACGAUCCUCAAGUCUAUCGCCUUGGACAAUGCUGCGGCGAAAGUCCUUGUGAACAUUUCCAAGGUUCAAGACGACGAAGUUGGGGAUGGCACAACAUCGGUGGCUGUCCUUGCGGCGGAGCUUCUCCGCGAGGCGGAGAAACUGGUCGACAAGAAGAUACACCCUCAGACCAUCAUUGAAGGGUACCGGAUAGCGAGCAAGGCUGCCCUGAGCGCGUUGGAGCAGUCUGCCGUGGAUCGCAGCAAUGACCCCGAAGCUUUCAAGAAGGACCUCCUCGCCAUUGCGAGAACGACGCUCAGCUCCAAGGUGUUGGCCCAGGACCGCGCCCACUUCGCAAAGCUGGCAUGUGAGGCAGUGCUGCGGCUAAAGGGAUCGUCCGACCUCAGCCACAUCCAGAUCAUCAAGAAGGCCGGAGGCAGGCUCAACGAGUCCUACCUGGACGAGGGAUUCAUUCUGGACAAGAAGAUCGGUGUCAACCAGCCCAAGCGCCUCGAGAAGGCCAGGAUCCUUUUGGCCAACACCUCCAUGGACACGGACAAGGUGAAGAUCUUUGGUGCUCGAGUCAAGGUUAGCUCCACGAGCAAGCUGGCCGAGCUCGAGAAGGCAGAGAAGGAGAAGAUGAAGGCCAAGGUGGACAAGAUCAAGGCGCAUGGCAUCAACUGCUUCAUCAACCGACAGUUGAUAUACAACUGGCCCGAACAGCUGUUCACCGACGCCGGCAUCAUGUCCAUCGAGCACGCCGACUUCGACGGCAUUGAGCGCCUGGCGCUUGUCACCGGAGGCGAGAUUGCGUCGACAUUCGACCAUCCAGACCAAGUAAAGCUUGGCCACUGCGAUGUGAUCGAGGAGGUGAUCAUCGGCGAGGAUACCUUGAUCCGCUUUUCCGGAGUUGCGGCGGGCAAGGCCUGCACAAUCGUGCUUCGAGGAGCGACCGAGCAGCUGCUGGACGAGGCAGAGCGCAGCCUGCACGACGCGCUCGCCGUCCUGUCGCAGACGGUCAUAGAACCCCGGACCACCCUCGGCGGCGGUUGCGCCGAGAUGGUCAUGGCCAAGGCCGUGGAGGGUGCGGCAACUCGGGUCGAGGGUAAACGGCAGAUGGCCGUUGCUUCCUUUGCCGUCGCGUUGCGUCAACUCCCCACGAUUUUGGCCGACAACGCGGGUCUUGACUCGGGCGAGCUGGUAGCACGUCUCCGCAAGGCCAUUUACGACGGCAUGACUACGUACGGGCUGGAUUUGAUGACUCCGGACGGAGGCAUUGCCGACAUGCGCGACCUUGGUGUGGUUGAGAGCUACAAGCUCAAGAAGGCCGUUGUCUCAUCGGCCAAAAGACCAAUACACUUCGGAUUCCUGAGUCUGCUCAUCAACGGUGUCGCCUUGCUUGCGUAUGCUCGAUACAAUGGUCACGGCCAGGCUUCCUAUGUCCCUCUCGCCUCGGAGCCUCUACGAACCUACUCUCCCCGACUCGACCGGAUCCUCAACCGCGUGCCAAAGCUACUUUUGCGACUCCUCCGGCACUCCACCCCCCUAGCGAUCCUCGUUAUUGGCAUAGUCACUCGCGUCCUCAUAACAUGGCGUGUGAUUCGCACCAUACAAUGCUCGUGGGACGGCGUUUCGGCUCUUUUACCACUCGUCGUGGUUGUUGUGGGCGACAUAAUUGACCGAGGGGCACAAGAUAUCCGGCGUGGCAGAUUUGAUCAUGUUUCUGACCCGGCCAAGCUCGGCCGGUCGUUACCUUCCCUUCUCCGAUACAUAUCCUUCGCCGUCGCCUGGGCGUGGGCGGCAACAGCGACGUUCGAGAUGGCUUCCCUGCCAACUGGGGCCAUCUGCCCUUCCGGUUGGAGAUGGGGGCGUCUUGUUCCCGCUGCCCAACUUGUCAUUGUGGUUCUGGACGCCUUUAUCCUGCACCGAAUUGCCCACAUCAAGCAAGACCAAGACACCAGGGAUACCGCCACACGCUCGAUCGCUGCGGUAUCCCUCGCGUCGGCGGCCUCAUUGAUGGCUUUGUCCACCUUCUCGUUGCAUGACCCGGCGAACCUCGACUGGGCCUUUAGGCUAGACCCAGUCGCCAUCCGAGAUUUGCUCAUGGAUUCCAUUCUUGCCUCGACAGCGUUCCUCUCAGGGAUCCACAUGCUAUCAGUCCUAGACACCUGGACCGUUGCUGUGACGGUCAGCGGGAUCCUUCUUCAUGUCCGACUUUGGACAAGGGUCCUCAAUGUCCCUCUAGAAACAGAGCACGACGAUAUAAUGAUGUACGUGCUGGGCCCAUUGAUAUGCAUUGUGCUUUUGAUCAAAUUCGACAAGGACGCCCGACCGUUGCAGCGUGCUGGAGCGACCGUCAUGCAGAAGAUCCUACUUGCCUUCGCGAUCUUGGCCGGCCUUCUGCUCGUCGCCGCCCACGUCGUCGUCAAAUCACCAUCAGGCCCGGCUUCUCACCAGGGUCACGUCGUUGAGGGACUGGUAUCGUCGGCUCGUGACGCAUUCAAAGCAUGGGAAUCCCAGGCCGGCAACAGCACCACCCUGGAAGAGGCUGUCGGCCAAUACAGCCGCCGGCAUGGAAUACCCCCACCCCCGAAUUUCGACAAGUGGUUCGAGUUCGCCACGUCUUACAACUCCACCAUCAUAGAUGACUUCGACCAGGUAAAUCUGGACUUGAAACCCUUUUGGGGGCUCCCGCCGUCCACCAUUCGAGAACGUACAUCACACCUCCUUGAACACCCCCGGCUGAAUAUGGGGGGGUUCCGUAUUCGGGGUGGCGAGGUUCAGCUCUCGCCGCAUACUCCCGGCACCCAUGCGUGGAUGAUGAACGCGAACGCCGACAUGAUCAGGCCGUUUGCGCGGUGGCUCCCAGACAUGGAUCUCGCCUUCAAUCUCAACGACGAGUGUCGUGUAGCUGUGCCGUUUGAAGAAAUGAGUCGCCUCCAUUCGGAAGGAGAGGCAGCCAGAGAGAGACUACGUCGAUUGCAGCCUGAACAUCUCUCUGGCUGGACCCCGUCGGAUCAACCGUCGUCGCCGGCAUGGUCGGAUCGAUUUAUGGACAAGGGAGACCAGUCUGUCGACCCUGGGCAACGCUCUCCUUAUUUCUCGGACCAUAUACGACGUCAGAUCUUCUAUAGCCACGUAUCUCCGGCCUGCCCCCCAGUGUCGCCGGCCCGGCACCACCGCUGGUGGGAUAGGAAGACAUCAUGCAUCUCAUGCGCAGAGCCUCACAUGACAGCCGGCUUGGGUGGCAGCUAUGUAUCGAACUGGACCCUGGCUGGAGAUCUCUGUCACCAAGUUGACCUAGCUUAUCUUGAUGGUUUUCUGUCAUCUCCAGCCCCGAUGGUCUCGACAACGACGCUAUUCCCCGUUUUUAGCCAGGGUCGUGUCGGCGGCUUCGCUGACAUCCUGGUGCCUUCGCCUUGGAACUUUGUUCAGAAAUCCACAUACGACGACAGCCUCGCCAUACCCUGGUCGGAGAAACGGAACGGUCUCUUUUGGCGAGGUGGCGCUUCGGAUGGCUUCGCCGCAGAUGGAGCUUGGCAGGGCUUCCUUCGUGCGCGAUUUGUCCAUUCCGCACUUGAAUUCAACAGGAAUCGGCCGAGGCGCUCCGCGUCGAAAUCCGCGCUUGACGUGACGGAUGUCGAGGUCAACGUGACGUUUGUUGGCAAAUUCACGAAGUGCGACGAAGGCGACUGUGCCUCGGAACGGGAGACAUUAUACAGAGGCGGCGUCACCGAAGGUCUUGACCCGGGCCAGAGUGGGCCUCCGGCCUCGGUCCCUUUCUCUGAAAACUGGAGGUACCGGCACUUGAUCGACCUAGAUGGCGCCGGCUUCAGCGGCCGUUUCAUACCCUUCCUACAGAGCUACAGCCUAGUAUAUCGUGCCGGGCUCUUCCGCACCUGGUUCGACCAUCGAGUCCAUGCCUGGCAGCACUACAUCCCCUUGGAUGUCCGACUUGGCAACGGCCUGUGGAGGGCACUGGAUUUCUUUAGCGGCAACAAAGGUGGCGAGCUUGGGGAGCAGAUCGCGCUCGAUGGCCGGGAGUGGGCGAAUAAGGUGCUGCGACCCGAAGACAUGCAGGUAUAUAUGUUCCGCUUGCUGCUGGAAUGGGGUCGUCUCGUCGAUGAUCGGAGAGAGCAACUGGGUCAUGUAUAG